AUGGAUCCCUCGUCGGAGCCUCCUCGGCCACCGCCGGCGGACGCAGCGCCCACCGAUGCCGAGGCGAUGGCGGCGUCUCACCUUGCCAGAUUUGAGUUUAGCGAGCAGGGCACCAAGAUACUCAUGGUCGAGUGGCAUCCUGGCGACGCUGCUGCCUCUGCUGCCUCUGUUGCCCGGCCCGAUAGCAGCCCUCGACCCGCCGCGGCCCCCAAACCCGACCCGGACCCGGCCUCGACCCCUCCGCACCGGCUGGACCGCCCGGCCCUGGACUCGGCCGCCGCCUGGGAGGUGUCGUGGCCCGGGAAGUCGACCGUCCUGCCCGCCCGUGACACCGACCAGGACGUAACCGGCGCCUGUCGCCGCGUCUACUUCCUCCUGCCUCAGGAGGCUCCCAUCCCGCCGGCCGUCACCAUCGCCCGACCCGGCCGACCAAGCUUGGUAGUCAAACCGCUCCCCGCCAUCUUCCCGGAGGGCUUCGACGCGGAUGCCGGGGCCAGAGGCGUGCUUCACACCUUGUGGGCCAAGAAGCGCCUAUCCGAGCUGGAACGCGAGAUGGAAGCCGAGCUCAGAGCCAACGCGGAGAGCGUCGGGCUCGAGAUGGCCUUGGCCGAGAAGAAGUGGAUAGUCGACAACUUCUUCCGCCCCUCGCCGCCGCCGUCGUCGACGGUGCCACUGUCUCCGCGAUCACCUGUACCGGGACGGUUGGGAGACAAGCUCAAGGGCCUCAAGCUGGCCACAUCUGCUGCCGACCUAGUCCCUAGCCCGACAGCCAAUACGUUUACCGGCGCCGGUGUGAUGUCCCACACACUGUUGCCCCAGACCGGCGACGUCGCCGUCCCGUCCUUCUCGGCCAUAGCCCGCGGAAACGGAAACGGCAACGGCCACGCUGCGGCAGUGUCCCUCGACGCAGCUGUCAAGGGUGUCUUGCCGCCGCCGCAUGUUGGCCCUGGGGACGGGGAGGACGACCUCUUCGCUCUCCCCAUCAGCCCCAGGAGCCCCGACAUGAAGAAGAGCCCCUUUAGCAUCCUAUGA